AUGAGUGGCCUUGGGAACAACUCUACGGACCCGGGAAACCUGGAUUCUCAAAAGAGGAAGGGGUCACCAUGCGACACUCUGGUCCAGAGCAAUGAGAAACGACGCAGGGAGCAAGAGAACAAAUACUUAGAAGAGCUGGCAGAACUGCUUUCAGCCAAUAUUGGAGAGAUUGACAGCCUGAGUGUCAAACCAGACAAAUGCAAGAUUCUAAAAAAAACGGUUGAUCAGAUUCAGCAGAUGAAAAGACUCGAACAAGAAAAAACAGCUGAUGAUGAUGUCCAGAAGUCUGAUAUCUCAUCCAGCAGCCAAGGAGUGAUUGAAAAGGAAUCCCUGGGGCCUCUUCUUCUUGAGGCACUGGAUGGCUUUUUCUUUGUUGUGAAUCGUGAAGGACGGAUUGUGUUUGUGUCUGAGAAUGUGACCAGCUACUUAGGCUAUAACCAAGAGGAGCUUAUGAACACCAGUGUCUACAGUAUCUUGCAUGUGGGAGAUCAUGCUGAAUUUGUGAAGAAUUUGCUACCUAAGUCACUAGUUAAUGGAGUCCCUUGGCCCCAAGAAUCUACCCGACGCAACAGCCAUACCUUCAACUGCAGGAUGCUGAUCCGUCCCCCAGAUGAGCCAGGUGCAGAGAAUCAAGAGGCCCGCCAGCGUUACGAGGUUAUGCAGUGCUUCACUGUGUCUCAGCCAAAACUGAUCAAAGAAGAAGGUGAAGAUUUGCAGUCCUGCCUAAUAUGCAUUGCACGAAGAUUACCUCGACCUACAGCUCCUGCCACAUCAGAAUCUUUCAUGACCAAGCAAGAUACUACAGGUAAAAUCAUCUCCAUUGACACCAGUUCCCUGAGAGCAGCAGGGCGGACUGGCUGGGAGGAUUUAGUGAGAAAAUGCAUCUAUGCUUUCUUCCAGCCUCAGGGCAGGGAGCCGUCUUAUGCCAAGCAGCUAUUUCAGGAAGUGAUGACACGGGGCACGGCCUUCAGUCCAUCCUACCGAUUCACACUUAGUGAUGGGACUGUACUGAGUGCUCAUACCAAGUGCAAACUUUGCUGCCCUCAAAGUCCAGAAAUGCACCCCUUCAUCAUGGGCAUUCAUAUAAUUGAAAGAGAACACAGUGCCCUGUCGCCUCAAGAGAACACUAAUCCUGCAAUGCCUCUUCCCCGUGUCAGUCCCUCGCUGAACCCCAGCAUUUCUCCAGGACAGGGUGUACCCCUGCCAACGCCUCUCCCUCCCUCCAAUGGUAGCAUGUUAACAGCCAACACAAACCACCCAUCAGGAUCCAGCUUGCAUGGCAAUAGCAAUGCUGCGACCACCCAACCCAAUUACGGAUGUCCACCUGGAAGCCAGAUGGGAGGUAAUGUUGCCUUAAGCCAGGGACAAGCUGGUCCUCCGAAUAGUACCCAUUCUAUAAACAUCAGUAGCUCUCCAAUGAACAGUCCUGGGGUCACCCCGCCACAGUUUAUGUCUCCAAGACAUCGAGUAAGCCCUGGACUUGUGCAUCGGCCCAGAAUGCCAAGCAACCCUUUCUCUCCCACUAUGCCUUCCACACACUCCCCAGUGGGCAUGGUGGGCAGUUGUGGUGGCAGCAGCGCUGUCAGCAACAGGCCAUAUCCAGGAACCCCAUUAAACUCCAUGCAGGGAUUGACUGAAGGACCUAGCCCUCCGAUGGGCUAUUCCACACCCCCUCCUGUCCUGCGUCAGUUGAGCAAUCAGAACUCCCCCAGCAGAAUGAACAUACCACCCGUGAAAACCGAGCCAAAAGACAGCAAGGAGAUGUCGUCCAUUCUUUGCAGCAUGGCCCACUCUGACAACAGCUCCAAUGACAGCAAGCCCUUGGAUUCUAGCUUGCUGCAUGGCAGUGACAGACUCUCAGAGGGUGACAGCAAGUGUUUGCAGGCUACCAGCCACAAACUAGUCCAGCUCUUGGCUUCCACGGCCCAGGAGCAGUUACGGCAUGUCGAUGCAGAUACCAGUUGCAAAGAGCCCUUGUCUUGUACGGGUGCAUCAGGGACCCCAGCUUCUGGGAAUCCUGUGGGCAGUGCAUGCCCUUCCUCCCACAGUUCCCUCACAGAGAGACAUAAGAUCUUACAUCGGCUUCUCCAGGAGGGCAGUCCUUCUGAUAUUGCCACCCUGUCCAUGGAGCACGAUAAGAAAGAUGGGAUGCCUGGUGGUACAGCUACUGCUGUUACACCACAGAGUCAGGCUCCAGGAAACCCUGACAACAGGCUGGAAGCAGAUGCUGUGAAGAAGAAGGAUUCAAAGGACCAUCAGCUCCUUCGCUAUCUGCUUGACCAGGAUGAUAAAGAACUAGUAUCCAACCCUUCCUUGAGCCUGGAAGAUGUGAAGGUGAAAGAAAAUACAGAGCAGUUGGAUCCUUGUAAUGCACCUGUGGGCCCACUGCCUAAGCCCUCUGCUCAAGAGGAAGUGAAGCUACAGCCACAGGGACAGUUUGCAUCUGAUCUUGAGCAGAUGUUGCCUCCGCUGGAAAAGUCACCCCAGUUGCCACCAGGCUUGUGUGGGUCAGAGACUGAAAGUGGGGGCAUUACUAUCAAGUCGGAGAUCCUGAGCCCCUCCCUUCAGCCCAGUACUGCUGCAAGAACUCCUACUGGGAUGAGAUUGCCUGAACUGGAAUUGGGAGUCACUGAGCAUCAAUUUGGGCAGCCAGCCAUGGGAGAGCAGAUCCCGUGGGCAGAUCAUUCCAUAGCUUCCAUCAACAGAGGACCUAUGACUAAACCAGAUGACCAGUGCAUCACUUCUCAGCUGGAUGAGCUCUUAUGCCCUCCCACCACCCCAGAAGGAAGAAAUGACGAAAAAGCCCUUUUGGAACAACUGGUGUCCUUCCUGAGUGGCAAAGAUGAAAAUGAAUUGGCAGAACUGGAUCGAGCUCUUGGCAUUGACAAACUGGUCCAGGGAGGGGGCCUAGAAGCACUGACAGAGAGGUUCCAGCCACAGCAAGUAAUACCACCACCAACUCUUGUGAUGGAUCAGAAACCCGGCAUGUACCCUCACCCUUAUCCCUCGGCUUCCCCCACUGCCAACCUUCCUGGGCCUUUCCCAGGCAUCAUGAGGCAGAAACAAUCCUUUGGACCUAUGUCAGUCCAGGUCCCAUCACCUCGUGGGGCUUUCCCUGCUGUGGGGAUGCAGCCGCGACAGGCACUCAGUAGGCCUCCAACAGCUCCAAAUCAGUUGCGACUGCAGUUACAACAGCGUCUACAAGGGCAACAGCAGGUGAGUCCAGUCUCAGCUUGUCUGGUUAUUGCCCAUUGUGUCCUGGCCAAGCUGAAGUACUACAUUGCUACUAUUGGUUCCCCUUUCUCUGCACUUUUGCAUAAAGAGCCCCCUCUGAAUGCACAGAUGUUGGCUCAGCGUCAUCGUGAACUUUACAGCCAGCAGCAUCGACAGAGGCAACUCAUGCAGCAGAGAGCCAUGCUGAUGAGACAGCAGCAAAGCUUUGGGAGCAAUCUUCCUCCCUCAGCUGGGGUUCCGGUGCAGCUGACAGCUGGGCGCCUUCCCCAGGGUCCCCCACAGCAAUUCCCUUUCCCCCCCAACUAUGGUACGAAUCCUGGAAACCCCCCUACAUCCACCAGCCCUUUCUCCCAGCUGGCACCAAACCCCGAAGUGGCAUUGGCCAAUCGUAGCAACAUGGUGAACAGGGGGAUGAUGGGAAGCGUCGGAGGACAGUUUGGCUCUAAUAUGAACCCACAGAUGCAACAGAACAUAUUCCAGUAUUCCGGAUCAGGAAUGGGUCAGCAAGGUGAAGCACCUUUUGCCCCAUCACUCAGUCCUAGUAGUCCCUUGAUGUCCCCUCAGAUCCCUCCAUCUCAGAGCCCCAUGCUGCAGUCUGCCCCACCCACACCUGGGUAUCAGUCACCUGAUAUGAAGACCUGGCAGCAAGGAACUAUGGGGAACAACACUGUAUACGGCCAGGCUGGGCAGACUCAGCCCUCCUCAGCUCAACAGGGAAUGUAUAACAACAUGAGCAUCACAGUCUCCAUGGCUGGAGGAAAUGCCAGUGCCCAAAAUAUGAAUCCAAUGGCUGGGCAAAUGCCAAUGAACUCAUUGCAGAUGCCUGGCAUGAACCAGCUAUGUUCUGAGCAGGUAAACGACCCAGCUCUUAGACCCACCGGACUUUAUUGUAACCAACUUUCCUCCGAUCUUUUGAAAACAGAAGCAGAUGGAGCACAGGUCCAGCAGGUCCAGGUGUUUGCUGAUGUGCAGUGUACGGUCAACUUGGUGGGCGGAGACCCUUACCUGAACCAGCCUGGCUCCGUGGAUGCGCAGAAAGGCAGCACAGCCUCUCAGACCCCCCAAGCCCAGCAGAAAAGUCUUCUUCAGCAGCUACUGACUGAAUAACCUGCUUUUCAAAGGAAUGUGAAAUUUAAAUAAUGACAUACAGAUAUAUAA